CUGCGGGGCUCGUGUUCGGCGGCGGGGACAGUCAAAGUGGCUCCCAUAGGGAGAGACGGCGAGUCCGCCCCGGCGCUGCGGGAGAGGGAGGGGGCGCGGGCACCGGGAGCCCCAGGGUCUCCCUCCGUCCGUCUGUCCGCGCCGCCGCCGCGGGUGCGCCCCUCUCGCUCCCUUCCCGGCGUGCGCCCGGCUCCGGCAACUCGCUUCCUGCGCGGCUGAAGGAGGGAGGAGAGCGCGCUUCGGCUGGGAGAGGAGAGAAGAAAGAGGGAGAAAAGAAAGAAAGAAAAGAGAGAGGGGGAAAAAAAGGGGGGGGGAAACUUGCCUCUCUUGUCACUGGAAAAUGACACUUGAUGUAGCAGAGCCUGCCGCAGCUCCCGUUCGUCCUAUUGUUUCUUAAACUGCCAUCUGAGAUUUUUUUUUUUUUUUUUUUGCCUGCUGCCAUCCGAGGGGUGUCUUCAUACAAAAGGGACUUCAAGUAUUCCUCCGGCUUGCGAGCGCUGCAACCAGCCCCCAGCACCCCGCCAGCCCCUCCAAGCACCCAAACAAACUGCACACGCAGCAAACAGCAGCAACAAAACCGGGCUCUGAUUGCCUCUGGAUUUUUUUUUUUUUAAUGUGCGUGCCUGUGUUUGCUUUCUCUGACUUGCUUUGAUUCCAGAGAUCAGCUGCAGAGAGAGAGAAAAAGAGAGAAAGAAAGAAAAACCCCAUAUAUAACAGUCUGCCUGGCGAUUUUAUCACUUUUUUUUUUUUUUUUUGAGUAAAGAAGGAAGAUUUGCGCCGUUGUUUCUGAUUCAUGUUUGGGAUUCAGGAAAGCAUCCAGCGGAGUGGGAGCAGCAUGAAGGAAGAGCCCCUCGGCGCGGGGAUGAACGCGGUGCGGACGUGGAUGCAGGGAGCCGGCGUCCUGGACGCCAGCACGGCCGCUCAGAGCGGAGUGGGUCUGGCCCGGGCUCACUUCGAGAAGCAGCCUCCUUCCAACCUGAGGAAGUCCAACUUUUUCCACUUCGUCCUGGCUCUGUACGACCGGCAGGGGCAGCCCGUGGAGAUCGAGCGCACCGCCUUCGUGGGCUUCGUGGAGAAGGAGAAGGAAGCCAACAGCGAAAAGACCAACAACGGGAUCCACUACCGCCUGCAGCUGCUCUACAGCAAUGGGAUCAGGACGGAGCAGGAUUUCUAUGUCCGACUCAUCGACUCCAUGACCAAGCAGGCGAUAGUAUAUGAAGGCCAAGACAAGAACCCAGAAAUGUGCCGAGUUCUGCUCACGCAUGAAAUAAUGUGCAGCCGCUGUUGUGACAAGAAAAGCUGUGGCAACAGAAAUGAGACUCCAUCAGAUCCGGUGAUAAUUGACAGGUUCUUCUUGAAAUUUUUCCUCAAAUGUAACCAAAAUUGCCUAAAAAAUGCAGGAAACCCUCGAGACAUGCGUCGAUUCCAGGUUGUGGUGUCUACAACAGUCAAUGUUGAUGGCCAUGUGUUGGCAGUGUCGGACAAUAUGUUUGUACACAACAAUUCCAAGCACGGGCGGAGAGCUCGAAGACUCGAUCCCUCGGAAGGUACGCCUUCUUAUCUGGAACAUGCAGCUACACCAUGUAUCAAAGCCAUCAGUCCAAGUGAAGGAUGGACUACAGGAGGUGCCACUGUCAUCAUCAUAGGAGACAAUUUCUUUGAUGGGUUACAGGUCAUAUUCGGCACCAUGCUGGUUUGGAGUGAGCUGAUUACUCCUCAUGCCAUCCGCGUACAGACGCCUCCCCGACAUAUCCCAGGGGUUGUAGAAGUCACAUUGUCCUACAAGUCUAAGCAGUUUUGCAAGGGAACGCCUGGAAGAUUCAUUUACACAGCUCUGAACGAACCCACCAUUGACUAUGGUUUCCAAAGGUUACAGAAGGUUAUCCCCCGCCACCCUGGUGACCCCGAACGCUUGCCAAAGGAAGUAAUACUUAAGAGGGCUGCUGAUUUAGUAGAAGCACUCUAUGGUAUGCCACAUAAUAACCAGGAAAUAAUCCUGAAAAGAGCAGCAGACAUCGCAGAAGCACUCUACAGUGUCCCCCGCAAUCACAACCAGCUCCCCGCCCUUGCUAACACGUCAGUCCAUGCAGGAAUGAUGGGAGUGAAUUCCUUUAGCGGUCAGCUAGCUGUCAAUGUUUCGGAAGCCUCACAAGCCACCAAUCAGGGUUUUACUCGCAACUCAAGCAGCGUGUCACCUCAUGGCUACGUGCCAAGCACCACCCCUCAGCAGACAAAUUAUAACUCUGUCACAACAAGCAUGAAUGGCUAUGGGAAUGCUGGAAUGUCAAAUUUAGGCGGUUCUCCAACCUUCCUGAACGGAUCUGCUGCCAAUUCUCCCUAUGCCAUUGUGCCAUCAAGUCCGACAAUGGCCUCCUCCACUAGCCUCCCCUCAAACUGUAGCAGUUCCUCUGGGAUUUUCUCCUUCUCACCAGCCAACAUGGUCUCAGCGGUGAAACAGAAGAGUGCUUUUGCGCCUGUCGUGAGACCGCAAACUUCUCCUCCUCCCACCUGCACCAGCACCAAUGGCAAUAGCCUGCAAGCUAUAUCUGGCAUGAUUGUUCCCCCCAUGUGAAAGAAUUGCCUUGAAGAAUUUUAUUAAUGAAGAGGUUGAAUUCUGCUUCAGAGAGAAUCUGAUACAAGUCCCAGAGUGGAACUUUUUACUCAGGCCUUUUUAAAAAUAAAAAAGAAAUAAAGAAGAAUCUUACAAUAACUGCGGAUUUUUAAACAAAACAAAAAUCACCGUCCUUGCAAAUACUGAAAUUAACAAUCUACAGUUGCAAGGUGUUGAUUCAAGUUGUCCAUCCCAAAUACCUGGGAGAUAUAUUUAUUGUAUGUUGGUUAAAAAAAUCCACUUUUUUUUUUUUUAUUUUGCGGGGGUGGGUCUUGCUUUUUUUUCCUUCUGUUUUUUUGUGUUUUUUUAAGGCUUGAUUUAAUUCAACACCAUUUGUCUUUUAUAAAUCAUACAAUUACACAAGGGACACUAGAGAUGGAACUCCACAUUUUUAAUUUAUGAUAUUUUUUUUUUUAAAGCUGUGUAAAGAAAAAUGAAGUGGUGUCAUUUACAUACAAGUCUGUAUGGGACAGAAUAGAAGUGCCAGUUAGUUUUUCGUAGAAGAAUUAUGGCCAUUUAAUUAAGGGUCGGCUCAUACAGGUUGCGUAUCCAGUGGCGACUAGCUAAUAUGAUGCAUUUUUAAUGUUCCAAUUAAAUAGAUAUCGCUCCCUAGAAAGCUGAUAUUUUUGGAUGACAAGGGCAGGAUGAGGGGUGGGAUUAGUAACCUGUCUUUAAUAUCAGGCGAAAUAACUGUGUAAAUAAUAACACAAGGGAAGUUGGUGAAAGCAAAGGUAAGGAUGCAAAUAACACGCGUCCUCUCGAACUGAAAAUCCAGUGCCUCCAGAUGUAAUCCUAAAACUGCAGAAUUAGAUGAGCAUGGCGCUCUCUCCAGCUUAUGUGUCAGACUCUUCCCAAAUGAGCGGCCUUCUUGAAGUUUAGCGUCACCUGAGCUGCGCAUAAAAUGCCAUUCGGAUCUUGCAUAGCCGUCUAACGGCACAGACCGCGGCCAUCGCGCGUGGGGUGUUUUUGGCGUAGCCCCUCUCCCCUUCAUCUACUUGUUUUUACGGGGCAGGAUGAGAACAGACUCGUCUGCGGUUCUGCGUCCUCACAACCUAAAAGUACACGUUUCCGUCCGCCUCCCGCUAGGAUCGUUCCUGUAUCAGCCGACCCUCGCAGUUUGUAUCAUAAUAUAUUAAGCAACAGGUAACUGCUUUUGAAUAGUAAAUGGAAACAUGAGUUUGGGGGGGUGGGCGGUGGGGCUGUUAGGAAGAUUUCAAAUCCAAACCAUAGCUUCUGUUUUACAAAAAUUUUGCUAUCAUUAUCUGGGAAGUGUUCUUAAAAACUAUUAGUCAAAGAGGCAGCAAAGCUCUGAAGAUGCAUUACCUGAUAUUUUUUCUUUGCUGUUGUGUUUUGUAUGUAGUUAUAAAUACUGUAGAUUUUUUGUGAUUUUUUGCCAAAGUUGUUGUUCUAUUUAUACAUUUUAAUGUCUUAAGACAGUUUUUCAAUAUCACAAAAAAAAGAAUUUUACUGCAUAUUUUGCAAAAAGAGCUCACUACCUUUAGCUUGCACAUACUUGCAAAAUUAAUUAAAGAAAAAAAAAGCUUUUUGUUUCUGUUUUUUUGUUUGUUUGUUUUAAAGGGGAUUUUGUAAAAUAUCCAUAUAAAUAAUGUAUUUAUCUUUGGAAUUUGUACAUUGCUUUUUAUCCCCUACAAGUUUAUUUUAUUGUGUAUGUUUGCUAUGUGAAAAGUGCUGAUUUGUUUCGUCAUUCACCGUUGUAUUAGCUGUUUAAAUGUGAUUUUAAAACAUUUCAUUUAUAGGGUUUUUUUUUAGUAUUGUUUAAAACCAUGCUUCCAUUUUUUUUAAUUUCCACCCAAAAGCCAUUGUCUAUUUUUGUAUUAUUUGUAAGUUAAGAAGUUUUUUCCAAUAUAUGGCAAAAAGUAGCAUAUUAUUCUUGUAGCAUUUAGUUAUGUAGAUUUUAAAAAAAAAUGUAUCCUUUGCUUUUGAGGCUUAACAAAAACUAAUGCUGUUUUACUCUAUUAAUAUGCAUGGGAUUUCUCCUCUUUGGAGUGACGCAUUUUUGUGCAUUAAAUAUGGGGAGAAACUUCAUAGAACUCAAUGAAAAUACUUUCUUUCUUAAGUCUGCUUGUAUAUUUCUCUGUCUUUCACAUAAAUAUAAACCAGCAGAUUGGAUGCCUUAACAAUGCAAAUCAUAUUCAUUUCACUUGUACAUUGUACUGUGCACCAGAACUGUCAAUCAUCACUAACAUUCUAAGAAAAAAAAAAAAAAAAGGAAUUGAAAAGCACAAAAGAACUGUUUUGUUACCUUAAAACAAUAUAACUUUUUUCUAGUCGAGCAAGAAAUCAUUUACAACGAUGCUGCAACUGUGCAUGCUUCCUGUAUGAAUUUUGCAAUGGUUUUCACUAGAAUGUCACAGUGUGAUCUUUGGGGGGAAGGGAAGAAAACAGGAUUUUUUUUUUUCAUGGUGAGAAAAUAAAAGAAGAGAAAACUGGAAAAUGUGAGAGACAUCAGUUUAUUGCUUCUCUGUAUUCCAAGCGAUUAUUCUAAUUCACAUAGUAAGCAACAGCACGACAAUGUAAUCAAAUUUAAAGCCAUAUUUUGUCCAGUGACACCAUCAGUUACUCUUGUAGAGCUCCACUCAAAGUCAUAGCGAUUUUGACACCAGUGUUAGCCAUCGAUGUUUGUAGUCUUCUACGCCAGUGUCCAAAGAUCCUUUGACAAUGUGCAUAAUUUUGUUUUGCUGCAGCUAUUUAUAGUGAUCUGAUGAAUGGGAAUUUAUAAAAAUCUCCCCCGCACCACCCUUAUCUUUUACAAAGUAAAAGAUGCAGCUGUUUACAGAAUAUGGCUUUAAGUGGAAACAUUCAGAUUUCAGUUUUAACAAGGUGAAGCUUCACAAUGACUGGAUUGCAUAAAGUAUGCCUAUUUCCUCACAGUUGUACUAGGAUGCAGCUAAAAUGAAGUCAUCUCUGAAACUACUAACCUUUCACCUUCUUAUCUAAAUCUUUUUGAAUAGACACACACACUGUACAGUUCUAUUGUUAGAGAAACUAACUACUGUAGAGAUUGUUAUAAUUUUUUUGCAGAAAUUCAAGCUGUAAAAACUUUUCAACUUUCACAAUAUUUAAUUAAAGUUACUUCCUGUCUGUGAA